AUGAUGGCGACAAACCAGUUGGCUAUCAUGGGUAGCCCUCCUUCGGCUACUGCUGAUACUUCCCAGUCUUCUUCUCCCAUUAAACCUUUCAAUUUGAUUUCUACUUACCAAGACAGCGUGAUUUCGUCGUCACCUACGCGAAUCAAGGAAUCAGAUCCUUUUGUGCCUACCUCUGCAGAACGGUGUCAACCACGGCAGACUCCUCAACAAGCCCUUUGUGGAGAUGAAAUAAGGGCCGAGAGUCCCCUUCGACGUGGUAAUCAGUCCUGUGAUCGAUUUUAA